AUACACGGGCCGUCUUGUAAGCUCGGGGCGCAUAUCCAUCGUCUUUGACGAAGGGUCGUGGUUUGGGAUGCCCUGGAGUGCCUGGGGGCAACGCCUGGGACUGAGGGUGGUGCACGGUCCUCGAGCGGGUGCACGUGGGAUGAGGGGUCCGCGGGAUAUUGUCGACCUGGUCGCGUGGACAGACUCCGACUGGGCGGGCGACACGACGAGCGGAAGAGCCAGACCGGCGUGCACAUCACCGCGCGUGGGUGUCCAAUGUUCGGGAUCAGUUGUCGUCAAGACGUGCAGUCCCCUAACAGCUGUGAAGCCGAGUGGCACGCUGGAGCUCGAGGUCUCAGCGAGGGACUUGGGCUGAAGGCGCUCUUCACGCUCAUGGGCUACAGCGUGCGCUUGAGCUGGCGAUGUGACAGCUCGAGCGCGCGUCAGGGCACCGGGCGGAUCAAGCACCUUGCCACGAAAACGCUCUGGAUUCAGCAGCUGGUGGCCAAGAAGAUCAUCAUCAUCAUCGAUCCCGUAGCUGGCGACGACAACCUGGCGGAUCUCGGCACGAAGGUGUUGCCGAGGGCACGCCUCGAGUGGCUCCGUGAGAGCUGCGGACUGAAGGAGGUGCCCGUGCCAGGGACCUCGAGGGUAGCUGGAGUCGGGGCCAUGCCGACCGGCUUCCAGGCCCAGUCAACCCUGCUGAAGGCGUUGCUUGCAGUGGCCGCGUCACUCCCCACAGCGGUGAAUGGGGGGCACAACCGAGCUGUGCGAGGCACCGCAGGAGGUGGAUGGGAGUGCGUUGACUUCAGUGGCCAUGCCAGGAGUCAUGACUGAGGGCUACUGCGUGGGCCUGGCUGUGCUGAUGGCAGGCGUGAGCCUAGGGCUCUGACUUGCUUUGCUCGGAUUUUCCUUGGCUUGCUGGUUUUGUCCGCGUGUGAGGCCGAGUUGGCGCCCCACGGGUGCCCCGCCGCGCGUUGGCGACGGCGGGAGGCCACAGCGCGCUCCGAUCGAGGGAUCGAGCGAGCCAGCGGUGAAACUCAAGACUAAGAAGGGCGACCGCAGAAGGACGGUUGCCACCCAGAGCCAGGUCAAGUACACCUGGUGGGCGACCAGCCCCUGUUUGCUGCCAUUGGGACCGAGAGAACAGGGGGUGUGGUCCGAGUCGGGCCUCAAGCCGAGUACUGUUUAGAUGUGCCAUGGGCGCGAAUCUAGACCUCCGCGACUACGCGUCGAGGCACUGCGGGCUUUGACCCAGGAGGGAGUGGUGACCAGAGGGGUGUCCGAGGAGGACGGGCUCACCACCCGCCCCCGCCCGGCCAGGAGGCGUGCUCAGGAUCUUGAGUGAUUCGGACGCCGUCAAUUCGUAGCAUACCCGCAGGC